CGAAUACGCACCUACAUUCAGGGGAUAGAUGGACCAAUCGAUUGAUUGAUCGAGCGCACCCGGGCUUCGCGUAUAGUACCGGUGCCGCGAGGUGCUGCGCCGCGAGACAACGUGUCGAACGCCGAUCAGGGUAGCUCGGUGGAAUGCAGCGCGACUGAUGCAACCAGUUCUGUGCCCUCACAAGCUGCUUCCACGUGUUAUGUGAAAUUAUGGCUGUGAAACUACUGUCUUUCACACCGCCCCAGAAGUGCUCAACGUGGACUGCGCCGGGUAUGUAUGUGUGUUGGAUUGUUGUUGCCACAGCAGUUGUGAGCACAUUUCAAGCGUUGGUUUUAGCCCAAACAAAUGAUGUCAUCGAUCUGCUCAAAGCAGUAUCCAUCGCUUCAGCCGAUCCCACUCACGUGACCCGCCAGCCUGGAUUCUGCCCCCCGUCGGAUGCUGAUACCCCUAACAACGCGUAUUCCUACCACCGUGGCGGAACUCUCAACGUGGCUGCAUCGCAAGUAUUGCCGAAAAAGUUUCCAAGAGAUUUUUCCAUCCUCACCACUUUGCGGCUCAGAAACGUCGGUCGAGAGAGGCUGUUUGAUUUGGUGGAUCCCACACAGACUACGCGGUUAGCGGUUUCCGUGGGCUCCAGCAUCACACUGUACUACUACAGCGACGGUCAAGUACAUACCGCUGAAUUUAGAAAUCCGCUGACUACGGACCGAUGGUACCGGAUUGCGUUCAGCAUCAAAGGGGACGCGGUGACCCUGUUAGUAGAUUGCCGCGUCGUGCAAUCCCGAAUGCUUUCACGCUCCUUGGACGAAGGGCCUCAGUUUGAUGACAGUACACUGUACGUGUUGCAGAAGCCAGAUGGAACUCCCAGCUUCACCGGUGUUGUCCAUGGCCUCAUUUUGGUGUUACAUCCUGAAGGUGCGUACGACCACUGCACGCAGUACGCUCCAUGCGAAAAACUGGGUCUUUCGGAGGACACGGAGCAGUCUGAGGAGACGGAUGAAUACAGCACGCAAUAUGGGAGAUUGGGUGCUCCCGGCGAAAAAGGUGAAGUUGGUCCGAAAGGAGAAAAAGGACAACCGGGACGCGACGGACGAAGUGGCAUUCCAGGAAGUCCUGGCUUACCUGGCGUGGCCAGUCAUUUGAUGAUUAUGCCAGUGCCUAGCUUUGGAAAGAACGAAAUGGCUCGAAUGACGAGUUUCCGGUCGAUGAUCCAGCAGUCUGUGAUGAUGUUGAAAGGAGGACGAGGACAACAAGGUAUGACUGGGCUACCGGGAAUGCAAGGACCCCAAGGACCCGUUGGGGAGAAAGGUGAACAGGGUGCACUCGGUGACCCCGGUUUCAUGGGCCCCACUGGUCCACGAGGUCCUCCUGGUCCACCUGGACCCAGAGGUCGUCCAGGAGUUGACGGUGAGGUAGGCGUCGGUGGUCUUCCUGGAGCCAAGGGACAACCUGGUUUGCCCGGCCUACCAGGAUUACCAGGACCAAAAGGCGACAAAGGGGAAAUGGGCCCACCGGGUCACAAAGGGGACACUGGUCCACGGGGUCAGUCGGGUCCCCGAGGAAGAGCCGGUGAGGUUGGUGCCAUCGGGGAGCCAGGUCCUGCUGGAUUGCAAGGUCCGCCUGGGCCAAACGGCCCUCGUGGAGAACCAGGUAGCAAGGGAGCAUCCGGACCACCGGGACCCACUGGGGACGAUGGACCAGCGGGGGUGCCUGGUGCACCAGGCAAAUCUGGCAAUCCAGGUUCACCAGGCAUUCCUGGUUUGAGGGGCCCCAAGGGUGAACCAGGACCACUUGGCCCACGAGGCCUCCAAGGACUACCUGGUGGUCCGGGACCCGAAGGACCGGUCGGACCAAAAGGCAAUCGUGGACGACCCGGCAGGCAGGGACGGACUGGUUCGGCAGGUCCACCCGGUGUGAUUGGUGACCCAGGAUUUCAGGGAAUUCAAGGUCCACAAGGCCCUGCUGGGCAACCUGGUGCACAAGGUCCUCAGGGGGCACCAGGAGCUCCAGGUAGGGAUGGAUCGCGGGGAGGACCGGGACCGGAUGGUCCUUUCGGAGAAGAUGGACCACCUGGCCCUCCUGGGCCUGCAGGUUCUCCUGGACCCCAGGGACCUGUUGGUGCAGGCGGUGACACUGGACCAAUCGGAGACCCAGGAAGUCGGGGGCCACCUGGACCUAUCGGAAUUGAUGGGGAACCGGGAUUGCCAGGCCCCACUGGGCCCGAAGGGUCUAUUGGACCGACCGGACCUGCUGGAGAACAAGGAUUGCAAGGACCUCCUGGUACUUUUGGACCAAAAGGAAACACUGGCAAAAUGGGUCCCACGGGAUUGCUGGGGCAGAUUGGUGAACCCGGCGAAAAAGGCGUGACGGGAAACCCGGGGACAGUGGGACCCACCGGGCCUAAGGGUGAACAAGGCUCAGUUGGGGAUCCUGGCCCACCAGGAAAACAGGGCGAACGAGGGUCUGCUGGCGAAAUCGGUCCCCCCGGACCACGAGGACCGGCAGGUGAUGAUGGGGAACCCGGACCUCAGGGACGCCAAGGCUCUCCUGGACCUCAAGGACCUCGAGGUCCACGAGGCCCAAUUGGUCAACCAGGAGAUCCGGGACCCAUGGGGAGACCUGGCCCACAGGGUCAGGUCAAGGUUGCCAAUGCACCGGAACCCGGUUUCCGGAGGCGGCGAAGAGCUGUCACUCCCAGUCCAGUCUUUGGAAGUGAAGUAUUUUGUCGGUGCGAAUCUUGCGAGACACAAGCCAUAACACUCACCAGCCUUGAUGUGACCAAUUUGUUAAAACAGACUCGAGAAUGGAACGGGGGCAUCCAUGAAUCGCUUUUCGCUUGCAGGGCUAUUGGUGUUUUGGUGACCUAUCUGAAGCCGCACCCCGGGGACAGUGAAUGGCAGAGUCAUCUACGCUUGUUAAAUUCGACCAGACCUUUGGACCUUCACACCUACGGAGAUCACUCGCAAGUGAACAUGCUCCGAAUACAGCACAGGCGCGCAUCACAAGAGUUGGAAUUCCUGUGCGAUGGUACAGCAGUCUACGGACAAUGGGAUGCACGGUCGAGGGAGUCGGAUUUCGGCCGCGCCACUUCCCUCCUGGCUCACAAUGGCCGCAUGCUUGAUCUGACCAUGGGUGAACGUCUGGGAUUCGGAUUAGACCAUAUGGACAAGCGAAUUUACCGCAACGCCUUGCAACGAGUGGACACCAGCAUCACAGUGGAAUACGACGGAUGUCAGUACCUUACCAAAGGAGCCGCAACCAAGAUUCGGGUGGAGAGCAGUGACCUUGACGUGCUGCCUAUCAUCGAUUUCAAGGUUCGCAGUUUUGACCGCCAGGGUCUGAGUUCGAUCAGCCUAAAUGUUGGCGCUGUGUGCUAUCAGACGUAG